AUGACAUUAUUUCGACCUUUUUUGAGAGUUCUGUUAGCGUUGAUACAGGCUCAAUUUUUAGAACUGAUUGCCCUUGAAGAAACUGAGAAGAGUGCAGGGCUUGGCUGGAAUACUUCAAAUAGAUUUGGCAUGGAUACACCAUCAGGUGGAGGGAAACAGUUUGAUUACCAUCACUUAAUUAGUGAAAAUAACACAGGAGAUGUGCCAGAUGCUCUUGUAGAGGAAGAGGUGAUUCUAGAAAACAAUGUUCAAGGGGAGGAACAGGGGCAGCAACAACAACAACAACAGUUAGCACUUCAACAACAGCAGCAACAAAGUUUGAUUGUGAAACAACAGCAACAACAAUCACAACAAAAGUCACAGCAACUGCAGCAACACUUAACCCAGCAGCAACAGUAUUUGCAACAGAAACAAACCAUGUUGCAGAACCAGAAAAGAGGCAUACAACAGGCGCAGAGCAGGAAGCAACCUGCUCAACAGAAAAUGUUGUACACGGUCGUCCAUUCAGGGAAUCAGCAUCAACAGCAGGUAUUGGUAUCUAACAAAUCUGUACGCCAGCCUGGGCCUCAGCAAAAUCAGUCUGUAGUGAAAACAAGUUCACAAAUGCAGAAAAUAAAUAAAAACAAUGUUGUGCUAGAAGGCGGUGGCCAAUAUGAAGAAGGACAGGCGUAUGUGAUUCGUGAUCGCUACGGUAAUGCACGAACAAUGCUGUGGCAAAAUGGAGAAUUCCAUCCUUUUGAUAAGGACAAGGGAAUUUUGAUUCAGCACUCAGUUAUAGAUUCUAGUCAAAGAGGCAGGGGUGCUAGAGGUGGCCGCGACAGGGGUCGAGGUAGAGGUCAAGGGCAAUGUUAUGGAAACGCCACAGGUGUUCACAUGUCACCAAAUGUCAGAGGAUCUUCACCAAUGAUUAAUAACGGGGUUAGACAAACAAAAUUUAAUACACCCAAUGUGCCAAUUAUCAGUGUCGUGACAUCACCUGGCCUACAAGGACAGGUUGUUCAACAACGACCAAAGCUGCCUCUGCAGAAUUUAAUGCCAGCGGCACAGAUCAAGUCCAAGCCUACAGACGAGGCAUCUUCAGAAUAUAAAUGGAGUAUGGAUCUUGGACUGUUUGCAAAUGAACAAUAUCAGUCUAUUCUUGAUCAACUACAUAAUGAAAAUGGACACAGUCUACCCAGCAUGGCAGAGAAGAUGGCUCUGUCAAACAAAACCGCUGUUUGCAAGUACUUGUUG